AUGUCGUCUUUCUUGCAGCAACAACAACAACAUCAUCAAAUAUACUCAAUGUCAAACGAAACUAACGAAGAUACUAAUGAUACCAACGAAGGAGACAAUGCCAAAGACGAUACUAAUGAUACCAACAAAGGAGACAAUGCCAAAGACGAAGAUGAUGAUGACAAUGACAAAAUUGAUAAAGAGUUUGGUUAUAAAAAUCUAAUUAUAAACUGUAGCUCAGAUUUUAUACGAAUUGGAAAAAAUUCCGGUGGUGCAAUUGAAGUCAAUUUAAAUAAUCAAUGGGAUACUAAAAUGGACCAUUAUCCUGCUCAAGGAGGACGUAAAGGACAUAGUUUUUCGACUGCUACCAGCAAAUUUAUGGCUCAAGGAGGAUGUGAAAGACGUAAUUUUUCAAAUACUAGUAGCAAACUUACGAAUAUUGGAAAAUUUACAAUACAUAAAGAAUUGUCUAUAAGUUGUAUGAAGAUGGGAGAGUCACUUUUUACGCUUUUACAACAUAUACACAAACUUUCUACUCCUCCCCCAAUAGCCGAUACGUUACAAAUUUGUGAUCAUGAUCAAUAUCGAGUUGUGUUGUUACGUCAUUUAUCUAGGAUUAAUAAUGUCAAUGAAUUUUGCAAUUCUAGCAUUUUUUUGACAAAUGAUGGUGGUAAAUCAUCUCGACAUUCGCUUAGUUAUAUUUUGGAUGGUGAUACGACUCUAAAAGAAAAUAGCGCACAGACAGCAGGUCACUCACUCAGUUAUAUUUUAAAUAAUGAUCAAGAAGAGUCGCUAGUUUCAACAAGUAGUCAUUGGACUAAAGAAUUAGGAGAAAGCAGUAAAAAUUCAUAUAAUACAGGUGCAAUGAUUUAUUAUUAUGAUUCGAAUAAAGAACGUGAAACUGAAAUAAAAGCCGCUUGUUCCAAACUGUCAAAGAAUAUCUUUGACAUUUAUGAAACUUCGUUGGAACAAGAAGUACAAGCAGACUAUAUGAGAAGAGAUCAAUUUCGUUAUUGUCUAAAAAUAUUACAACAUUUUCGAACUCUAGAAACGUAUUUUAAAAUAUAUCAUGAACGGAACAAAGGACAAACAAUUAAAACUAACGUUAUAAGAAGUAUAAUAAAAAGUGGCGGUAACGGACAUUUGGAGUUAACAGGAAACAAACUAAAAUUAAUUAUCCAAAGAGCCAAACGCAUAGAAAGGUUAUUAAAUCUGGCAAAUAAUAACUAUAAUAUAUUUGACGCUUUUCCCGACCUUAACAUCACUUUUUUUUCUGCAAAUCGCAUGAACACUUAUAAUUAUGAACGUUGGUUAAUAUUAGUUCAAACCAAUAAUUUAGUUAGUGCUGAUGAAGGAAGAAGAUUAUAUAAAGAAUAUAAGGAAAAAUGUAAAAAAGAAAGGUAUGAAUAUUUAAGAAAUUUAUAUAUUGGCGCGAAUAGAGGAAAUGAUUUAUUAGAAAAUGAAAUUAAUGAUGAGAAGGAUGAGGAGGAUGAGGAGGAUGAGGAAAGGAUAAAUUUAUUAUUUUAA